AUGAGUGUCAACGGCGCAGAAGAUAAAUUGAAAAAUAGAAAAAUGCAUGAACUUUUCAUGCAGGUGUUGAAAAAUAGGGAUCUCUCCAGAGCCGGAGAUCUUUUUUCUGUGCCGGAUUCUGUUAUUGUAAAUGAUAUAACUAAUGUGUUGAGAGAAAUAACUGCCAUUUCUUCCCUACCUGAUUAUGUGAAUAAUGACAAUGAUCAAAGUGUGGUAGAAAUAUGUGUGACAAGGGUUACAUCCUGCAUCAGAGAGACAGGAAGUCUAGAACAACAUUGUGAAGCACUUGUCACCCUCCUGGAAUCAUGCCUGCAUCACAAUUUACAAAUAUCUGCAAGAGAUGAAGAUCCUCCACAUGCCAAGAUCUCCAGUGAUAUUAUUUCUUGUAUAUUUUUGAAUUAUAGUAUAAAAUCAGUUAUGCUAAGAGCUUUGCCAGUAGCAGUUAAGUUUUUACAUAAAGGAAAUAAAGAAUUAUCUAGAAAUAUGGCAUCAUAUUUAUCAUUAGCUGCUAUGGAACAUGCAUCUCUUCUAACACCACAUGUUCAACCAAUCAUGGAUUCUAUAAUUUCAGGGAAUUAUCCACUGUGCCGAGUUUUGCCAAACAUCUAUGAAGUGUCCCCAGAACCAUUUCCAGGGCAUGCUAUGGCUUUGGUAUCUCUCCUUCCUCACUGUGAUAACCAAGAAAAACUGGCACUGCUGAACCUGUUUUCUUUAAUGGCAAAAGAUUAUCCCUCUCUACUAGAAGCCAGUGUACCACAGCUUUGUGAAUACCUCAGCAAUUCUGUAACAGCAACUCCAACACUACAAGUCUUCCUCCAUAUGGCUUUGAAAAUUCCUGCCUUAUUGACUGAUCAUGUGAAUGUCAUGAAGCAGGUUGCUCAGAGCCAUCCUCAGACUGUAUGUCUGGCUGCACAAAUCAUUGGGGCUGUGGGAAAACUUAGUAAGGACAAGGCUCAGGAUGCGCUGAAUUUUAUUCUGGAAUAUUUACCGAAAACUGAUAAAAGUUCGCAAAAUGCUUUAUUGAAAGAGGCAACCCUACUUUGUAGUACUUAUCCUGGACUCUUCACUGACAAAUUCCUGGCUGGAGUACGAAACAGAAACAACACAAGUACGAACCAAACCACUCCCCCCGCCGCCCAAGUCGCCUCGGGACCGGUGACGAUAGUGAAGGUGGGCGGGGCCGCGGCGGUCGCCGCCCCUUCGAGCGGGUACGCGCGGCGCGCCAAGCUGGGCGACUCGCGCAGCACGGGGCGACUACACCCCGCCCCGGGCGCCAACGCCCACCGCAGCAUGACGAGGCUGAACGCUGGGGGCGGGUCGGUGGGCGGCCUGCACAAGAGCAUGACCAGGUUGAGUUCGUCGCAGCACAUCAACGCCGUGCCCACACCGCCCCUCUCGAGCAACGUGAUCGUGACGGGCGGCGGUAAGUGGGGCGUGACCGUCACGACGAUAUCGCCGCCCAGGGGGCAGCGGCCGGCCAGCCAGGGGCAGCCCAUGCACAACCAGACCAAUCAGCUAUCCAGUAGUCCAGUGGUAUCAUCAUCACAUCCAAACUCCAAUGCAGUUACUGUGAGUUCCGGUUAUACUGGCCCCAUUUCCAGUGGGCAAGUAUCGAUAUUGACCAGCACUACCAACAACUCCAUCACACAAAACAUUCCAGUAGGAAAUAGCAUAGUUCACACACCUCCGCCCAUGCCAGAAAACUCCAACUCUACCAAUUCUGGUGCAAGUAACGUAAAUGUAAACAUCAGUGGUCCGACCACGGUGAUAUCGCGGCGGAACAACAACACCAGCAUCACUCUCAUCAACCAAAACUCGGUAGCCAAUCAGAGGAUGAGCGUCUUCGAACCUUACCCGAUGCGAGACACCAUUCAGCACUUCUGCGAGAAACACCUGGACAAAAUCAAGAUCUACAUGGAGAAAGUCUCUCUGAGGAUUCCUUCGCCCGCUAAGUGCACCAUAGAGGAGAAGCGGCAGAAGAAAUCUGCGAAGUUGCACUUUGCCUGUCAGGCUAGAGGGCAGCAUUGUCUUUACUCGAAAACUUACUUUACUAUGAGGACGAGGAAUCCUAGGAUUUGGAUACAUCUCAUGUUCAUUUCCUUGCAGGCCCGCCAUUCGCACGCGCUGAGCUCCCGAGACGCGCAAGUGGCCAGCCUGAAGCACUGCUGGGACAUCCUCAAGAGCGAGAACAAGACCUUCCUGACGGCCCGCCAUUCGCACGCGCUGAGCUCCCGCGACGCGCAAGUGGCCAGCCUGAAGCACUGCUGGGACAUCCUCAAGAGCGAGAACAAGACCUUCCUGACGGUGGUGACGAGCGCGUUCCCCUGCGCCAAGGACCAGGACGCGCUGGUCAACGAGCUGCGCCACUCGGGGUACUUCGAUGUGUUUCAGGUGUGCCCCACCAGUGCGGUGGGGUCGGCCGACACGCUGGACUCCGUCUCGGGGGCGGUCAAGUGGGGGUGUUUCCUGUGCGCGCAUCCCGAGAGGGCGGUCGGGUUCUUGAGAGGAGAUACGCAACCAGUAAUUGAAGGCCAACUGAAAGAGAAGAAAGGCCGAUGGAGACUUUUCAGGCGAUGGAGGACACGAUAUUUCACUUUAUCAGGGGCUCAUCUGUCAUGCAGAGGAUCUAGCGGAGGAGAGUCCAUCGACGUGAACCAAAUCCGAUCGGUGAAGGUAUCAAGAGGAGCGCGAAACAUCCCGAAAGCCUUCGAGAUCUUCACCGAAAACCAGACGCUCAUCCUGAAGCCGAAGGACGGCAAGAACGCCGAGGAGUGGGUGCAGUGUCUCAGCAUUGUGGUUGCUCAUUCGCACGCCAAGGAGUUGCCGGGAAAGAGCAAUUCGUUGCCCGCCAGAGGGAUAGGGUCUAGUCGGACGGCGAUAUAGGGACUUGCGUUAUAAAUUGAAAUGCUUUUGGCGGUGAAUUCAAUAUUUUUCAAUUCUCAAUCAUUUAAAAAAACUACAAAAAAGUCGAAACGAUCCAUUCCUCAGCAUCGUGUCGCUCAUUCGCACGUCAAAAAGUUGCCGGGGAAGAGCAACUCUUUGACCGCCAGAAUGAUAGGGUCUAGUCGGACGGCGAUGUGGGGACUUGCGUCAUAUAUUAAAAUGCCUUUGGUGGUGAAUUCGAAUUUGUUAGCAAUUCUACAAAAAUAUGCCAUUUUUCAAUAUUCAAUCAUUAAAAAAAACUACAAAAAAGACAAAACGAUGGAUUCCUCAGCAUCGUGGUCGCUCAUUCGCAUGCCAAGGAGUUGCCGGGGAAGAGCAAUUCGUUGCCCGCCAGAGGGAUAGGGUCUAGUCGGACGGCGAUAUAGGGACUUGCGUCAUAAAUUGAAAGGCGUCUGGCGGUCAAUUCGAAUUUGUAAGCAAGUCUACAGAAGAAAACUUCCGAAAGAUCCCAUUUUACAAUUUUCAAUCAAAGAUUUAAAAAUAACUACAUAAAAGGCAUAACAAUCCAUUUCUCAGCAUCGUGGUCGCUCAUUCGCACGCCAAGAAGUUGCCGGGAAAGAGCAAUUCGUUGCCCGCCAGCGGGAUAGGGUCUAGUCGGACGGCGAUAUAGGGACUUGCGUCAUAAAUUGAAAGGCGUCUGGCGGUCAAUUCGAAUUCGUAAGCAAGUCUACAGAAGAAAACUUCCGAAAGAUCCCAUUUUACAAUUUUCAAUCAAAGAUUUAAAAAUAACUACAUAAAAGGCAUAACAAUCCAUUUCUCAGCAUCGUGGUCGCUCAUUCGCACGCCAAGAAGUUGCCGGGGAAGAUCAAUUCGUUGCCCGCCAGAGGGAUAGGGUCUAGUCGGACGGCGAUAUAGGGACUUGCGUUCUAAAUUGAAAUGCGUCUGUCGGGCAAUUCGAAUUUGUAAGCAAGUCUACCCAAGUUACAAUUUUCAAUCAACGAUUUUGAAAUAACCACGGAAAAGGCAAAACGAUGGAUUCCUCACCAAUCAUUUAAAAAAACUACAAAAAAGGCAAAACGAUGGACUCCUCAACAUCGUGGUCGCUCAUUCGCACGCCAAGGAGUUGCCGGGGAAGAGCAAUUUUUUGUCUUCCAGAGGGAUAGGGUCUAGUCGGGAGUCGUGGAUUAAAAUGCUUUUGGCGGAGAAUUCAAAUUUGUUAGCAAGUCUGCAGAAAGAUCCGAAAGAUCCUAUUUUUCAAUUUUCAAUCAAUCAAAAAACUACAAAAGAGGCGAAAAGAUCCAUUCCUCAGCAUCGUGUCGCUCAUUUCCACGCCAAUAAGUUGUCAGAGGGAUCGGGUCUAGUCCGACGGCAAUGUAGAUGCUUGCGUCAUAAAUUGAAAUGCGUUUGGUGGUGAAUUCAAAUUGGUACGUAGCAUGCCUACAGAAAACUUCCGAAAGAUCCCAAUUUUCAAUUUCCAUUUUAAUUAAUCAUUUAAAGAUAAAAAAACUAUAAAGAAGGAAAAACAAUCCAUUCUUCGGCCUUGUGGUCGCUCAUUCGCAUGACAGGUAGGUGCCCUAGAAGAGAAACUCGUUGCUCGCCAGAGGGAUAGGGUCUAAUCGGAAGGCGAUGUAGAUAAGAUAGAUUAAAAUACUUUCGGCGGUCAAUUCGAAUUUGUAAGGCAAAACAAUCUGUUCCUCAUUCGCACGCCAAUAAGUUAUCGGGGAAGCGCAAUUCGUUGCCCGCCAGUGGGAUACUAGUCGGGCGUCAUAGAUAAAAUGCUUUUGGCGGUGAAUUCAAAUUUGUUAGCAAGUCAAAAAAAAUCCGUAAGAUCCUAUUUUCCCUAGAUGAGCAACUCGUUGCCCGCCAGAGGGAUAGGGUCUAAUCGGACAGCGAUGUAGGGACUUGCGUCAUAGAUCAAAGUAAGUUUGGCGGGUCUAUUCGAAUUUGUUAGCAAGUCCAUGGAAACAUUCCGAACGAUCCCUUCGUUCCCUUUCCUCAAUCGAAUCUUCAAAAAAACAUAUGGCAUUCCAGAGCGGAGGGGAGUCCAUCGACGUGGCUUUUUUCAAUCAAUCAUUGAAAAACGUAGAAAAACAUGUAGAUUGUAGAUGGGUCGUAUAGGCUGGGAGACCUCUCGAUCACUGCGACCUAGAAGAUCUAUUGUGAUUACCCUUAUCUAGUUUUGGCCCUCUAACCCUAGACUUCUGAUGAAGCCU